AUGGCAACUCCUCCAUCACAACUUCCACGGCCACAAUGCCAAGAAACUCAAUCCUCUUCGGCCCAGGAAAAGGCUAAAGGCGAGAUCGAUAACAAAAGCCACAAACAAAAAUUGGAGACCUGCGAAAGAGCCCCAGAGAGCAAAGGAAAAGCGGAAGGAAAGGAGCUUUCAAGACUCCGUAGGAAAUACAAUAUUGAAAAAACGCAACACCAGAUCACCCAGUUAAGAGCAUCUCAGCUAGACUGCACAAGCUCAAGUAUACGGACUGAGUUGCAAGCUGCGCAGAGUCGAUGUAACGAUCUUGUUGCGGAAAACUCCAAGUUGGGAGCCAGCAUCCAAGAUUGUAAAAGUCACAAACUGGAGCUAAUCCGAACUAUUGAAGAGCUCAGAAAAUCCAGUACAACUCACACCGAAUCAUCUCAAUCCGAAAUUCGACAAAUAAAUAGAUGUAACCAGAGCAAAGAAGACGGCCUGAGAGCUCGAAUAAGGGGGUUAGAAGCUGAUCUAGCUCUCCAAGGAGAUAUCUAUAGUGGGCUACAGGACGAUACACAGCGAUUGGUCCGCGCGAGUGAGGAACUCAAGGCCACUCACACGUCCCUGAUUCAAUCCUCAAAUGAAGAAAUACGACAGACAAAGCAACUGAAAAAGAGCGAAACCGAUGACCUGAACAGACAAAUUAUCGAAUUAAAGAAGAAACUAGCUGAACUAGUCACGGACAACACUCUGAUCCAGCGUUUAAAACGAAAAGUUGAAGAGCUGGAAUUUGGACACACUUUGAAACUCGAUCUCAUUAAGAAGAUUAUCAAACACAAUGGUGAGCUUAUUGAGGAGAGACAGGUCUUCAGAGAGAGAAAUGCCAAUCUCUACGCCGAGAUAAGCCGCUUGACAGAUCACAAUAUUGCCCUGGAAAGCGAGAUAGCACUUCUAUACAGGAUGUCGGUAGAGUUAACAAGCCCGAAGGCUGGUGACAGACAGGGUUUGGAGGAUCCGUUUAACAACGAGGACACUGAUGGUACUGUAGAGCUAGAAGAUAGAGGAUCCGAAAACCCGACAAGAAGUGGACACUAUGUCGAAGAGGAACGAGCCGACGACCCAGCUGAUCAUACUACUAGCGCUAAAGCACCUGGCAAAGCCCCAAGAAAUCGGGGUAAGCCACCAAUCAACAGAAGUCUCCUGGGUGGGAAGUCUGAAAUGCCCCGGCCAGAGCCUCGUCCAGAAUUAAGGCCUUGGGCUAGACCGGGAUGGACCUGGGUCGCUGGUUUUUGGCGCAGAUAUCCUGUCCACUGGAUGAAGAAAGAUGCCGGUAUUAAUGAAGUUGGUUCCGGAGGUGUCGGCACUGAGACUGCUGAGGCUGCAAAUAUCAAAGAUGCUUGGGAUGCUUCAGGUGAAGACACUGUAGCACGAGAUGCUAAGGGUGAAGUUACGAAUGGUUCCGUAGAUGACCCUCCGGAUGCUGAUAUGGAGUAUGAGCUUGCUGAGAAUGCCUUUUCGGAUGAUGACCUCUAUGGUGCUUAG